AUGUACGGUGGCGAGUUCGACGGCGCCGCCGCCUUCUCCGGCGGAGGUUUCAUGCCUUCUCAGGCCACUCAGACUACAGAUCCAUUCCCCUUCGCCUUAAGCAAGCAUCGUGAUAAGCAGACGCUGAUUCCAUUAACCGUGAAGAAAAUCAACAAAGCGUUGUUGUCAAAUGACGAUAAAGUGAUUUUUCUCAUUGACGGUGUUGAUGUCAAUAACGUUAAGUUGGUUGGGAUGGUGCUGAAUAAAGCUGAGAGGGUUACUGAUGUUUCUUUUGUGCUUGAUGAUGGUACGGGUGGUAUUGACUGUAACAGAUGGGUUCAUGAGGCUGUUGACACGAAGGAGAUGGAAGCGAUAUUGGAAGGAAUGUAUGUUCAAGUUCAUGGACAACUCAGGGGAGAAAGCAGUUAG